GAUGUGAACGAUGUGAACAAGCCAGAAACUGUCAUGGCGACAUAAGUCAAAAAGCGGUGAAGUGUUAAAGACAGACAAGAUAGUUUUGUCAAAGAUUUGGUCUUGUGAAAACUAAAAGAAGAAAAAUAGUCUUCAAAAUGUGAAUUUUACUCGCGAAAAGGAUUGAAGAAGUAGAAAACUCGAUUUGUUGAAACUAUCUUCGUAAUCAUUUUCGCUGAAGAAUCUUCAUAAGCGACUUCAACCCGUAAGACAACCUCUCUCCUGAGUUUCGUUAGAAUUUUAGCUAAACUUGUUAGCAUCUUUCUUUUUUUCGUCCCACGAAAUUAGUAGGGAUGCUUUUCUAAUUUUUUUCUGACGGUUAGGUAGGAAUUGAUUGUGUUAACGAUGACAGAUAACAAUAAAAAGGAAGGCGAAACUUCUAGUGGAGAGGUUGUUAACGGGUUUCGGAGCUGCAGGGAUCUCAGUGAUAUCGUUCCACUGUAUACAGCGCGAAGCCUCUAUUUAAAACCGGUCGCAAAAAUUAACGUGUCCGUUAAUCUCCCGCAGCUGAAGACCCCAGGAAACACAAUAUCAACAUGGGAGGUAAUGGAGAAGAUACGCAUGUUGAUACGACCGGACGAGUUCGCAUCCCUCAAAGUCGCCAAGAGCACCUUAGAGUUCAUCAGACUGGAGGGCGACGUGAGGGACAAAUGCAGACUUCAACGAAUUAUCGCGAGGCUGGAUUCGCAGCGCUUGAACCUCGCUGGAUUCUCCAAUCAUCUCAAAGUUCGAGCCGCCGAGGCGAAGGAUGAUUUUCCAACUAGGCAUUCCUGGGAUUCCUACUUUCGAGAUGCCAAACAUAUGAAUGAAUUGAAACCCGGCGAGAGACCCGACACUCUUCACAUUCAGGGUCUUCCUGUCAAGUGGUUCUGUGAAGAAGGAAGCGAGACUCCCGACGAGGCCUUGGUAGCUAAGAUUUUUAAAAGGUGGGGAACACUUAGAAGAAUCGAUGUGCCUGCUGCUGAUCCUUACAGAUCGAAAAUGAGACUCGGAUCCAAUAUUAAAAAAUUUAGUUUUGAAGAAGGAAUAUUCUUUGAUGCUUAUGUUCAGUAUAUUGAGUACAUGGAUUUUGUUAAAGCCAUGGACACUUUAAGGGGCAUGAAACUGAUGAAGAAGGAUGGACAAAACUACCUCACUGCUGCUCUGAAGGUUGAUUUCGACAAAACGAAGCACAUGAGCGAUGCCUCUGUAUCGCAGAGAGAAUUCGAGAGAAAACGACUUAUAGCCCAGGAGAAUUUAGCCGCAGAGAAGCAACGCAGAAAAGAAGAAGCUGAUGCUAAAAAAAGAGAAGAACAAAAAAAAAAGGAGGAGUUUGAGACAACUGCGAAAGAAAGCAGACGGAGAAAGAGGGAAGAGAAACGUAAACGAAAAGCUUUAACAGUGUUUCGAAAGCAGGAAGAGGACAAAGUUUCUAUGAAAAUAGCCAGGGAGGAAAAGAAGUUAAUCAAGGCACAGAGGCAACUCGAAAGUAUACGAUUACUCGAUGAAUUAUUCGAUAGAAUAAAAACAAAAAUAGAGAGGAAGGAGAUCGACAUCAAGAAGGAAAAUCCAAAGGAAGGAGAAAGAUUGAGUGCAGAAAAGUCGGAUGGUUCGAAGGAGAAGAAAGAGAAGAAAGAAAAGAAGGCGAAGAGAAAGAAAAACAAAAAGGAGAAGAAAAAAAGAAAAAAAAAGAAAGGAUCUGGUAGCUCUUCUGAUUCGGAUUCAGAGAAAAAGAGGAAGAAGAUUAAAAGCGUGCUGAGUAGAAACGUUUCUCAGGAAGUAGCAGCAGGACCUCCACUAGAUCCAUCGAUGUCUUAUCCACCAAUGUAUCCCCGGUUUCCGCAACCUUGGUACUAUGACCCAGCACUUCCGAUGAUUUAUCCUCCAAUGGGUCGAGGAGGCCGAGGCGGUCGUUAUGGACGCAACCGGGGCAGGGGAAACUUCCAAGGGAGGCAAAUGAACAACCGAUCGAUGCGAGGUUUCAAUCCACACUUGUACAAUGAGCAAUAUUACAAGUACUUUGCGAAUCUCGCCGGUCAGGAUUAUCAGUCUUUCGAGAGCGAUUACGAGCGAAGCCCGCCGAAUAAUCGCAGUCGUAGGCGAUCCAUUUCGAGAUCAAGAUCGAGGUCGAGAUCGAGGUCCAGGUCGAGACGGAGGAGAAGACACAGUGGCAGUAGGAGCAAAAGCAGGAGCAGAAGUAGAAGUAGGAGUCAUUCGAGAAGAAGGGACAGGACACGUUCGAGGUCAAGGUCGAGAUCAAGAUCUAAAUCGAGAUCGAGGGCGAGGUCAAAGUCGAGAUCGAGAGCUAAAUCAAAUUCGAGAUCGAGGUCGAGGACAAAAUCGAAAUCACGAUCGCGCAGAUCGAGAAGAACGCACUCACGUUCUCGAUCUCGAUCUCGAAGGAGUUCAAGGUCAAAGCGUAAACGCAGAAGAUCGGAGUCUCGGGUGAAAGUAACGAGGGCGAAAUCUCGAACUACUUCGCCUAGAGGACGAUCGAGGAGUAGCACUUGGUCUCUUCCUAAAUCGCCGAGACAGAGGAGCUGCUCUUGGUCGAAAGAAGCUGACGCUGCGGAUACGGGAAAGAAAGACAACGUGACGACUGAGAGGAGAGAUGGUGCUAAGGAGGUGGGCAAUAGAGAAGGAAAUAACAAGGAGAGGAGGGAUAAGGCAAUCAGCAAACGAGACGAGAGUAAAAGAGAAAGCAGCAGGUCGGAAAGCACAAAGAGAAGGAGCAAGGACGAGGUUCGAACAGAAACUUCCGCUUCGUGAACCUCAACUUAAUUCCAAAAGAGGAAUGACAGUAAUUGUGAUAAGAUUGAUUAUUUGAGACUAUUUCGCGAUUGUAGGCUAAGGACUCGUUUCUGUACAGAUUUAUUCGGAAGAUUAUCAAUAUUACAGGGAUUUCGUAAACAGCCUGUCUUCCUUUCUUUGCCUAGUCAUCGAAACAAAAUUCAUCGAACAAAUUCUCAUUUUGUCUUCAGUUUCUUUUUGUUUUUCACUUGACUUAUUUAUACUUUUGUAAAUCUCAUUCUCCUUGGAUACUUAAAUUGAAAGCCGUUACAAACACAAAUUGCAUGAUGUAUAAUGACUUACAUUUUAAGAAGUUUUGUAUUCAAGAUUGUAACUAUAUGUAAAAUCGUUAGGAGAGGAAGAUAGUUAUUUUUGGAAGAAAUAUGUAGAUCAAGCAAUGAUUUUCUUCGUGCAAAUAUUUAAACAAGCUUUGCAGGUGCGAAUUUGGUGAAUGUACCUAUUGUAGAAAGAGUAUUAAGGCUUCAAAUACAUUUC